AUGCGGCACUCUUCUCUCUUCUGGGGCUUGCUGGCAAGUGCCAUCCUCUCGAGCUCAUCGAGCGGGGUCCUCGCCCAACGCCGCCCCUCGAAACGCAACCACGACACCCACGACUAUUAUGUCGUCGAGCACAAACCAGACGGAGGGGCCCCGCUGCAAGAAAUUUCGAAUCAACUUGGUGUAGAGCUGGUGGAACGGGUGGGAGAGCUGGACGAUGUUUGGCUGGUGCGAGCGCCCAAGCCGACGCUUCAAGGAAGGGGGGAGGAGGAACAAGUCGAUCGAGUUCUCCAGACAUACCAAAAUCUCCGCGCUCUCGCGCGUCGGCAAGCAGAGUCUUCGACACUAGACGCUCGAUCCGAGGGCACCGGCUACGAGCAAGCGACACGGCUCGUCUCGUCUAUAUCUCACCUCGAAAAGCAAGUGUUGAAGGAACUCGAGAAGAGGGCCCCACCGCCGAUUCGCCCGCCGCCCGGGCCAACGGAGGUCAUGGAUAAAUACAAGAUCGAAGACCCGUUCUUCAUCAUGCAAUGGCAUUUGGCGAAUGGUGACUACCCGGAGCAUAUGAUGAACGUGACGCCGGUUUGGGACAUGGGAUACACUGGAAAGGGUGUCAUUACCUCCAUCCUUGACGAUGGACUGGACUACACCAGCGAAGACUUGAAGGACAACUUUGACCCGGAUAAUUCCUACGACUUUAACGACCACGAAGCACUUCCCUACCCCAAACGCGUUCGGGACCACCACGGCACCCGAUGCGCAGGUCAGAUCGCUGCCGGCAAAAACAAGGCCUGCGGAGUGGGAAUUGCGUACGAAUCCAAGGUUGCGGGCGUACGUAUUCUUUCAGGACGCAUCACUACUGUCGACGAGGCUGCAGCCAUCAACUACGGUUUCCAAAACGUCUCGAUAUACUCUUGUUCAUGGGGCCCACGAGAUGACGGAACGAAGAUGCAGACGCCGCCCUACAUUGUGCGCAAGGCGGUGCUGAACGGUAUCAACAAAGGACGUGGAGGGAAGGGGUCUAUUUUCGUAUUCGCCAGUGGGAAUGGAGCCCAUAAGGGGGACCAGUGCAACUUUGAUGGAUACACGAAUAGCAUCUACUCGGUCACCGUUGGUGCAGUGGAUUUCAGAGGGCAGCAUCCCAAGUACUCGGAAGCAUGCGCGGCGAACAUGGUCGUGGCGUAUAGCUCAGGAAGUGGACAGCACAUUGUCACCACUGAUCGAGGCAAAGACGAGUGUGCUUUGGUUCAUGGUGGCACAUCGGCUGCAGCUCCGAACGUCGCAGGUGUUUUCGCUCUGGCUCUCCAGGCUCGACCUGACCUCACCUGGCGUGACAUCCAAUACCUCUGUGUCGAAACGGCUCGUCAGAUCAACCCCAAGGACCGUGAUUGGGAACGAACCGCCACUGGACGCUACUACAGCUACAAGUACGGCUACGGUGUUCUCGACGCUUCUCUUUACGUCCAACGCGCGCUCACCUGGAAGCUCGUCAAGCCCCAAGCAUGGCUCGAGACACCCACUAUCCAGCUGGACGGCGGCACUCUGGAUGCUGAGGACGAGUGGGAGGGCGGUACCCCGAUUGGCAAGGAGGGUGUGAAGAGCAAGAUGACGAUUACGAAAAAGAUGAUGCAGGAUGCGAAUUUGGAGUCGCUGGAGCAUGUCACGAUCAAGGUGUGGAUUGACCAUACGAGGAGAGGAGACGUCGAGGUCGCCAUUGUCAGCCCGAAUGGGAUUAGGAGUGUUUUGGCGGGUGCGAGGGAGAGGGAUGAUUCGAUGUCUGGGUUCCCUGGGUGGACUUUCAUGUCUGUCAAGCAUUGGGGUGAAGACCCAGUAGGAGAUUGGACGAUCCAUGUCACAGACCAGCAGUCUGAAGUUGAAGAAGGCGCAUUCCUUGGUUGGAAUAUGAUCCUCUGGGGAACGACAGUUGACCCAUCUAAAGCCAAAUUCUACGAGAUGGAUCCUAACGAGAAGCUACUCCCGCCAAACCGAAGCGGAACCAUCACUCCCCAGCGUCCAGAGCUACCUGGCUCCCAUACCGAGAACCCCAAGCCAACAGGAGCUGGCCAUGCGAUCGAAGGCAAGCCCACUGCUGAGCUCCCACACGACUCUACAAGCCCCGAUAAGACCCUCGGAGAUGCGAAUGCUGGCAAGAAACCGGAGAACAAGGGCUGGAUUGGAGGUUUGAAGGAUAAAGCUGCCAAGCAAACCUGGUUGGCGGGUAUCAUCGGAGUCCUGGUACUAGCGAACAUCGCGGGUGCGAUAUACUUCUGCUGCUGGAAGAAGGGGUGCGGCGAUGGCGAGAAGUAUAAUGCGCUUCCUGGAGAGGAGAAUGUCCCGAUGUCGUCGAUUAAUGGUGGGCAGUAUGACCAGGAUGGGGAGAGGACUGCGUUGGUUGGUGGUGGUGAUGAGGAGGAGGAUGGUGUGGAUACGAGGCCUGCGGCGAGGGCGCAGCAGACGGGACCCCAUCCACAGGCGAGGUCUACGGGAGGGCUUGGGUUCCAUUCGGGGUUCCUGGACGAUGACGAUCCUAUGACUGCUGCUUCUCCGAGGUAUAAGGAUGGGUCUGUCGUGCAGUCGGCGGUUGGGGAGCUGAUUCCGACUGGGGACGCUCCUGCGGCUGCGGCAAUGUCGUCUUCUUCGGGACCUCAGCCGUCGGUACAGCAGCAACCACGGAAUCUGGUGGAGAGUUCGGAGGAGGAGGAGGAUGACGAAGAUGACGACGACGAGGAUGAUGAGGAUGAGGAUGAAGACGACGAGGAGAGCAGUGAGGAAGACAGUGGAUCUCAACAACCUCUGCAACAAAAUCAAGUCAGGAGGCCAGGGGAGGUUGACUCGAGUGCUUCUUUGAUCUAG